CCCCCCCUCUCGCGCUGGUGGGUGGGAGGCGCCGGCCGAGGCGAUAAAAGGGCGGGCGGGCGCGCGCGGCGCGCAGUGCGGGCGCCACGUGGAGCGGACGCGGAGCGCGCGGCACCGCCAUGGCCUCCAACGAUUACAGCCAGACGGCGACACAAAGUUACGGCGCCUACCCCGCCCCCCCCAGCCAGAGCUACUCGCAGGGAGGGGGGCAGAGCUACUCCCAGCAGAGCUACGGGGGCUACGGGCAGAGCUCGGACUCGGGCUACGGCCAGGGGGGGUACAGCUCCUCCUACGGGCAGAGCCAGAGCGGUUACUCGGCGCCGGCGGCUCCUCCCUCCUACGGCUCCGGCGGCUUCGGCUCCGGGCAGAGCUCCCAGGGCAGCUACGGCCAGACCUCCUCCUACCCUGGCUACUCACAGCCCCCUGCAGCUGCCUCGGCCUCCGGGAGUUACGGCAGCGGCUCCGGCAGCUCCAGCUACGGGCAGGCCCCGAGCGGGGGCUACAACCAACAGCAGAGCGGGGGCUACAACCAGCAGAGCUAUGGGCAACAGUCGUCCUACAACCCGCCCCCGAGCUACAGCCAGCAGGGCCAGUACAGCUCCGGGGGAUCCAGCAGCUACGGGCAGGAGGGCGGCUCGCUGAGCUCGGGCGGGUACCAGGAGCCCGGCGGGGGCUACGGCUCCUCGGCGUGGGGGAAAAUGGGGACAAAAUGA